UCAGGUCUAGUUGCGAUCGGCGACGAAGUGCGAGGUUGAGAAAGACAACCGACUGCAGGUCUGAGGCCAAAUCGGAUGAUGCUUAAAGCUUACCUGUGGUGAUUUUCCUCGGCUCGAUAAACUCUUCGAUUUCAGUAUCUCCAAAUCAGUACACCGUGUAUCUCUCACAAGAUGCCAGGAAAAUGGCUGCAGGUGUUUUGUUCAAGGAGAACUAUAUCAACAUUGCCUUUUCUCUCUGAAAGGAUAAAGCAGACAGAGAGUGAAAUAGUCAACAUGUUUCGUUUUGCAAGCCAUAAAGAUAAUGGUGAUAAUGAUGAUGCACUUCAUAAUCAAUUAUACAAAAACGGUUCAGUAAGGAUGUUAGAUGAAAGAUUCAUACGGAUAUUAAAGAUAUUCAAGUGGGGGCCCGACGCAGAAAAGGCUAUUGAAGUGCUCAAGAUGAAAGUCGACCAUAGAUUAGUCCGCGAGAUUCUGAAAAUAGAUAUUGAAAUCAAUGUUAAGAUGCAGUUCUUCAGAUGGGCUGGCAAGAGAAAGAAUUUCGAACACGAUUCAACCACCUACAUGGCUUUCAUCCAUUGCCUAAACGAAUCCGGAUUGUUUGGUGAAAUGUGGCGUACGAUUCAGGACAUGGUCCGCAGCACAUUCCUCAUUAGACCUUCUGAUUUAUCCCAAAUUGUGAAAAUGUUAGGUCAUGCUAAGAUGGUUCAUAAGGCACUCUCUAUUUUCUAUCAGAUUAAGAGAAGAAAGUGCAAACCUACGUCAAGCACUUAUAAUUCGGUCAUUUUGAUGUUGAUUCACGAGGAUCAUUACGAUAAAGUUCACGAACUUUACAUCGAGAUGUGCAAUGAAGGUAACUGUUUACCAGACACAUUGACUUACAGUGCACUUAUAGUUGCGUUUGGGAAGUUGGGUCGUGAGGAAUCUGCGUUUAGGCUGUUUGAUGAAAUGAAAGAAAACGGACUAAAUCCUACUCCAAAAAUUUAUACUACACUUGUCUCUAUCUAUUUCAAGACGGGUAAGAUCGAUAAGGCUUUGAGUUUGGUUCAGGAAAUGAGAAGAAGUGGUUGUCCUCCAACUGUUUAUACUUACACAGAGUUAAUAAAGGGUAUGGGAAAAGCUCGUCGAUUUGAAGAAGCUUAUGAAUUAUUCGUGAAAAUGCUCGAAGAAGGUUGUAAACCGGAUGUAGUCCUUUUAAACAACGUCAUAAACCUGUUGGGUAAAGCAGGUCGAAUAUCCGAAGCAGUUAAGCUAUUUGAAGAAAUGGAGGAGACUUUUGGAUGUACGCCGAAUGUCGUGACUUAUAAUACCGUUAUUAAAGCCGCAUUUGAUUGCAAGUGUCCGACUUCCGAGGCUAUUUCGUGGUUCGAGAGGAUGAAGGCGAAUGAUAUCGUUCCGAGCUCGUUUACGUACUCGAUUCUGAUAGACGGUUUUUGCAAGACAAAUAGAUUAGAGAAAGCUUUAAUCUUGCUUGAAGAAAUGGACGAGAAGGGCUUUCCUCCUUGUCCGGCUGCUUAUUGCAGCCUUAUCAAUGCUCUCGGAAAAGCGAAUCGUUACGAGGCUGCAAAUGAAUUGUUUCAAGAGCUUAAGGAAAAUUGUGGAUCUUCGAGUUCAAGGGUUUAUGCUGUAAUGAUAAAACAUUUUGGGAAAUGCGGGCAUAUGUCUCAGGCAGUUAAUCUUUUCAACGAGAUGAAGAAUUCGGGUUGUAGUCCGGAUGUUUAUGCGUAUAAUGCGGUUAUGUCAGGUAUGGUGAGGGCGGGAAUGAUGGAUGAAGCUUAUUCUAUGCUUCAAAGGAUGGAAGACAACGGUUGUGAACCGGAUCUAAACUCCCAUAAUAUAAUUUUAAAUGGGCUGGCUAGAACUGGAGGGCCUAGACAAGCGAUAGACAUGUUUAGGAAGAUGCAGAAGCAAUCGAGGCUAAAGACGGAUGCUGUGUCGUAUAAUACUGUUCUUGGAUGUAUGAGCAGAGCCGGUAUGUUUGAAGAGGCGGCAUUGUUGAUGAAGGAUAUGGAAGCUAAGGGUUUUAAAUAUGAUCUCAUAACUUAUUCUUCUAUACUUGAUGCUGUUGGUAAGGUUGAUGAGGUUUCUGCACAUGUUUCUCCAUGAUGGUUGAAAUGGUGUACAUUUUUCUUAGAUUAGGGUUUCUUCCCUGUAUACGCAACAUGUGCUUUUAGUGAGAAUCGAAUACAUGAAGAUUGUUACCAUUUGAACUAUGGUGAUAAUAGUCGAUUAAAUUUCUUUCAUUGAUGACAUGAAGAAGGUAUGAGGAAUAAGUUGGCAAUGGAUUUUGGCAUGCUUACAUUGCUUGGGGAAAUCGCUAUAGAUCUCGGAAAGGGUGAUCAAUCGAAUGAUUGGUAUCGAUAGAUUGUACUGUAUACUGCGCCUCACAUUAUUUUUACAUGAUAUCAGAACAGCUCACAUUUUAUGUAUCA